AUGUCCGACUCGAUUCGCAUACCAGUACGCUUGUUUGUGGGGAAACUCCCUGCGGCGUGGAACGAGCAGAACAUUCGCGAUCUAUUCGAGGCGUAUGGUGAAGUGCAGGAAGUAGGCCUGAUCAGACCUAAAGAAAACGGCAAGCAGCAGACAGGCUGUGCAUUCGUUAAGUUUGGUGCUGUCCAUGAAGCCGCUACUGCCAUCAAAUCUCUUAAUGGAACUUACAAAGCUGACGAUGCCCCUGGCUUCGUUCAAGUGCAGUUCGCCAAUGGUGAACCCGAGAGGCUUGGCCUUCCCGAAGACACUGAGGGUUACUCUCAGAAGUUGUUCGUGGGCAAUGUUCCCCCGUCUACGAGCGAUGAUGAGCUGAAGCAGAUUUUUGACGAGUACGGUAAUGUCACCGAAGCCUACAGCCUGGAGUCGAAGCGGGCCAGUGGGAAUAAGGCAGCGUUCGUGAGAUUCUCGAAGAAGUCGGACGCUCUCAAGGCCAUUGACGCUCUUAACGAUAAGUACACCUUCCCUGGCGAGCCCCAUCCUAUUACGGUGAAAUGUGCUGAUACGAGAGAACAGAGGCUCGCGCAUAAACAGGAGUUUGAUUCUCAUCGUUUCCAAGGAGGUGGAGACAGACCUUUCCGUACUCCCGACCAAGGCGGAUUCGAUAGAAUGCAACAAUUAGGAAGUGCUUCACGAGAUGGCUUCCAAAGCCGAUCUGGAGGAUACCAACCACCUCCCCCACCACCCGCCGUAGCGCAGCCUCGUCGGGCUGGCCCUUGGACUGAAUAUCUCAACCAUCCGGACGGCCGAUAUUAUUACCACAACUCCCAGACGGGACAGACCCAGUGGGAGGUGCCCUUCGAGUUUCAAAACAUGGGUCCGCCUCCGCCACCUCCUCAGCAGCAACCUCAGAGUGCCGGGUUCCAACAAACCCCCCAGGGUGGUGUUAACCUAGGACCAGGCGGCGGCUAUGGUCAGAUGAACAUGUCCCUUUCGGGUCAGCAAUCUGGCAGAUCGCAACAGCAGCAACAUGGCAAGAACGGCCCUCCGGGAGCUAACGUUUUCGUGUACAACAUUCCUGGCGAUUGGAAGGACGGUGACCUCGCGAGGGAAUUUUCUUCUUGCGGGUCGAUUUCCACGACAAAAAAAUCAUGGCAUGGCCCAGUUUCUCGCCAGACCUGA